AUGUUAUAUUUUUGUUCAAACAUUCUCGCCAUCAAUGCGGUGGCAGGCUCCCUCCUCGACGACCUCUUCGAUGACGUCACUGCCAGCACUCUGAGAAACGGUGCAAUUUCCUUGACCCUUGUCGACCAGACAACUCUCGUCAUUCCUUCUUCACCAACCCUUCUUCCUGACGGUGUAUCGAAUCCAGCUCCCAACGCCGGCUCAACUCAUCCAGUUGGCUUCACUGUCGAUGGUAUUCCGAUUCGCGGCGUUCUCGCUGGAAACAACUGCGAUGUGACUCCAAUUGCGCUCAAAUUUUCCGACGAGUGUUUCAAAACUCUCUUGCCGAUCACUGCCAAGGGCUUCGAAAUGGACAUGGCUGCGUCUACCGAGAUGUAUUUCGUCCCGCCAAUGUGCCUGUAUGAGGACCUGGCUUCGUGCGACGAAGUUGAAACGACCGUCGGCUACGCUCUCGAUGGAUUUCCAAUCAAGAUGUCUUCGGACCCCCCUGCCGCUUCGGCCAUUGAUGAAUGCGGUGGUGGAUACGAUGCUGAUGGAAACUAUCGGUACCUCUUUCAAGAUAAGUUCCCCUACAGUGUCAGCUGCUUCAAAGGCGAGCUAAGUAUGAAGCUUCCAAUGGAUGAUGUGUUCUACUACGACGGUGGUGCUUGCAAAGAGCUCUAUGAAAUCGCCAGAGGAGCACAAGAGUAUGUCAAGCUAAACAACGGUGGGCAAGCGCUCCAUGACUACCUAAACUACGGCAAUUCCAACAAGACAACUAUUGCUGAUUCGGCAGACUCUUUGAAAGGACGAAUGUCUCAUGGUAACUACAGAGCUUCCCCAGAGGACGAGAGUGCCCCGGGCAAUAAUGGAGACAAGAAGAAGCUGAAAAAGAUCGAAAAGCCAAUGAAUCCUAUAGCUGAAAAGCUUCGUAUGCUCUUUGAUACAGCAAAAGGCUUGGAUAUUGAUAAGAUGAAUAUCGAUGGAGUAAAAGAAUUUUUUGAAAAAUCUCGCAAAAGAAGAGAAGAAGAAGACUACCUUUAUUCUGACAUUUCCAGUUACUACACGUACACGACAACCACCACGCAACAAAGUUCUACCUAUGCAGUUUAUGAUGAGACCGACUCGAUUGACGAAACGAUGCCCGCGGCGAAUUUCACAAUGGAUCUUCAGAAGGAAUAUCCGCUUUUGUUUGCUCCCUUCGGAUUCGUUCGGUUUGAAGAAUUUCAAUACUGCGAGGACGGAUCUGGUUGUGUAACGAUUUGCUCACAGCGAAAUUUACGAUCUCGUUGCAAAGAAGACAUCGUUGCCUGCGAUGGUUGUGAAGAUGAAAUUCCGGUUGUUGAGAAAAAAUGCCUUGGAUUCCAAGGCCUUUAUCGACCAGCAUACACCUGUCAGAUUAAGAAUGGGAGUGAAAUAAUCGACGACUUCACGUCCCCUUAUGGGUCAUAUAAUUCUGGUGAAUUCAAUCUAUACCCACGAAUGGGGAACGAAACCGACAUUUCCUGCUUUUUUACUGAUAUUCUCGGACGAAAAGUUGAAGAUAAAGAAUCAGGAUGUCCUGCAAAUUUGGUCAGAUCCUCACAAGAAAAAAUUUCAGCCUUCGAAACUUGCACUAGAGAUUCUGCCGCCACACUUCCACUUGAAUUCAAUGAGGCCGCUAAUUUGGAUCUACCUGAUGUCCUUGGUGCCAGCGCAAAUCUUCUCAAUUCAUGCGUCUGCCCCGAAGGAAAAGUUUGGUCGUUUCUUCAGAACUGGUGUAUCCCUCGAUCAUCUUGUAGCUCCAUGGAAUUCGAAGUACCCGUCCCUUGCGAAACAAGAGCUGAGGUUCACAAAGCAAACGGAUGGUACCCGCUUACCUGCAAAAAUGAGGAAGAUUACUUUCCAAAGUCUUGCAUGGUCUUCAAUGAAAUCUACAAUCUCUGCUUUGAAGUUGAUGACAAUGGAGAUAUCGAUAGAGACGGACGAUUGGAUAUCAUCGAUAUGACUGCUGAACCAGUUAAACCUGACAACGGACUUGAACCCGGCCAAUUCUAUUCACCCUGGGAACCGGUGGACUCUUGGUCAUACCAAGACUACUACGAUGAAUCGAUCACUUACCAAAGAACGUCAUUGGAUAAGUACACAUACGAAUUUAAAGAAGACAACUGCUUCCCUAUUCGCGCCGAGCUCUAUUUCCCAAUUGAUCACGCCUCUUUUGAGGGAUAUUCUCGGGUCUUACUGGAAGAAAACAAUUGGUCUCACUUCAGUUAUUAUUGCCGAUGCAUGGAAACAGAGGGUGAAAGCAUGUGCGACCCAGGUCAGAUGGUACGAUUUGUCUGUGAAGAUUUCCCCGAAGAUUACGGAAAUACUGACUCGUAUGAUGACUAUGGCAGUAUUGCGUAUCCUUCCUAUCCGGAAUACGGUAAUUACGGCGACUGGGGAUACAACAACUAUGAUUCCGACUCACUUCAAGCCAUGGCUCCAAAAAUCAUCAGCAAUGUGAUGGAUCAGCUAAUCUGGGGUCAACUUUCAAAAUACUCUUGCAUGGAGAUGUUCCUUCUCCAGCGAUACCACUCUGCAGGCACCUACUCUUGCACCGACGCCAUCAAGAACGUCUACACCGAGUGUCUCAAAACAUCAUUUUCGAUGGCCGGAGAAGAGAUCGCAACAAUGCUCGCGGAAACAGAAACUAAAGCGAUCGAGUAUUUCUUCUGUAUAAAGAAUUUGACGCCGAUGACCGUUGAAAAUUAUUUUUCAUACUGGGAUGAAAGCGUCUGGGACGUUUUCUACGGAGGCAUUGUUGAUAAGUACAAUUUGUAUGAUCUUGACUCCGGACGAAAAAGAAGAAGUCAUGAGACGAAUUCAACUACACCUUAUGCUCAGACAACAACUCCGGGCUAUGGAGACUAUGAUUGGCCGGAAACAAGUGGUAAUGAUUCUGAUAAUGAGAAAAGGAAACUGACAAAAGAUGAUGUCUACCAAUUGAUUAAAAUUGGUGCUCAUAUCGUUGAGUCGAAUCUCGCAACACUUGUUACAAGCCAUGCGGUGAAUAUUUCGGCUGCUUCAGUUGCCAAUGAUGACACUUUCUACAGUGGUAUGUGCACUCUUUGGGGUGAGAUGCAAAAAUCAGUCGACAAAGCAGCAAAGGAAGGAAUCAAGGAAACCAUCCACGGUGACUCUAUCGCAGAAAUGCUGAGCGUCUUUAAUCUUACAGACAGCGAGUGCUAUGAGAUCAAAGAGAAGAUUGAAGAAAUUUCUCCGGAAAUCGGAAUGACCUGGAACUUGACAUCCUCUUUCAAUCCAUUCUGCGAGAACAAGGAGCAGUGGCCGAAAUUACCUGACUUUAUCAAAGAAGAGAUGGGACCAUUCGAACUUCGCUGUGAGAUUCAUCAAUUUGCUGACCAAGUCGUUCAGUGCUUCAACGAGUACAUCCUCGGUCGAGUUCCACAUGGCGACAAUUACUGGAAGAAUAUUCUCCGAGCAGGAGUUUGCAGCUACAGCCGCAUUUCGAGAAACUGCCUUGGCAUGCCAUGGGUUGAAGCAGACAUCGAAGAAUUAUACGAAGAAGUUCUUGACGAUAUGUUCCGAUAUGAUGAGGAACAUGUUUUCAACGCGUUUGCGAUGAUUGCCCUCGACAAGAUCAGAGACUUUCCAACUGAAUUCGACGAGUUCAUGCAUUGGGCGUGGGCUGAAGCUCAGCGAUUUCUACCAGAAGAUAUCACAAGAGAGAUUGAGAUUUACGUCGGAAACCCUGCUGAGAAGCUCCUCAAAUUCAUCGAAGAUCUCGAAAAUGGCUUACUUAUCAACAAGAGUGGCAUCGAACGACCAAUUUGCAACAUGGGAACGCAGUUUCUGACAUUCCUGAAAACGAUCCUCUUCGAAGACGAAACUACCCUAUGCUCAUUCAUGUCAUCAGCCAUCGAAACUCACAAAGCUCUUCUUUACCAGACCCACGCAAAUUUCGAGAAUUUCUCAAAAUUCUGCACCUUUGUCGUUGAAAAAUUCGCAGAUAUGUUUGAGGAUAUGUUUUUGAGAGAUUAUAUCAAGAAAAUGCUCCUUGAAGAGGGAGUUAUCCCCCCAAUCUUCAUCAACAUCGCACUCAAUAUGUUCGAUACAAAGACUGCUUAUGAAAUCCGAAAAUUCUCGAAAUGGGAGAAACAAGAAUGCACCUACUUGCUACACUGGAGUGAAUGGAGUCAAUGCUCAGAAACUUGCGAUGGUGGAUACCGUCAUCGGGCUCAGAUUUGUAUGGAUAAGACAAUGAGCCAGGUCGAGCCUUGCAACACUUUUGAGUGUGCUCUUCCUUGUUCUGUAAUGGCAAAUGUGCCGGAUGAAUUUAACAUAACCACGUACAAGGUCGACUGCAAGGAUAGAAAACUGACAGUCUUCCCAUUUUCGUACGAAAACGGGCGACUACGAGUCAAUGGAGUGAACUACCCAGUCAGAAAAAUCGAGUCAUUUGACUUCUGCAACAAUUAUUUUGAAGACUCGCAGUGGGAAGCAAUCGAAGAUUUCAUCGGCCAAAGCCAUAAGACGAAAGAAUUUAAUUUUUCUCACAACAAAUUCGAAACUCUUCCCGUCAGCGUUCUGCAAAGACUGACCAAGGGCGCUGAGCUCAACAUGGACGGCAACGAAAUCUGCAAAUUUGACUGUGAGGGUUUCGAUCUCCGACAGUUCAGUGGAAAACUCAAUUUGUGCCUUCAAAACAAUCCAAUUAGUUCUGUUCCCUUUGAGUUCAUCCCUGCAAUGGGGUACUUUAACAAAUUCGAGUAUGAUGAUGGAGUUCUUGGCAGAAACAAGUCCACUUGA